AUGGCAACGGAGGACACUAUAGCGUUCCAGGGGCCCCUGGACCAUCCCUACAGGAACCGAAGGACACGGGCCUGCGACUGGGGACGAACUACGCAGCUGCGCAGACGCAGUGGGGAGUACCGCGAGGCGCAAGGUCGCGCCAGGGGACGCGACAGCACCUCCGUGGACACCCUGCGCUCACCCCCACCCCCACCCAGUUCCCCGCGGCCUAGCCCGGAUGCUGACCCGGGCGCUGUCCUAGCCCGGCCGCGCCAGGUGGACGCCGGGGCGGGGCCGCGCAGGCGGGGCGCGGGCCGGGGCCGGGCGCGCUCUGGGACCACCGAGGGCGAGGCCUUCGCGCCGCCCAGAGGGCCCCGGAAGUGGCUCUGCCGCCUAGGGUCGGCGCGGAAGCGCGGUCGCGGGCGAGUCGGUCCAGAGGAAGUGCCCAGGGACAUGUGGCUGCCCUGCCUGGGAAGGGGCAUGAUGGCUGCCCAGAUGAGCAAGGCAUCAGCUCUGGCCCCUGGGGUCCUUCAGAGCACACCAGCCCCAGUGGUGGGUGAGCCCAGCUCUGAGAGCCCUGGCCAGCGCUUCUGGGGGUUCCGCUAUGAGGAGGAAGAGGGUCCCCAGGACAGAAGCAAGGUCGAGUCCCUAGGACAGAGGGCCCAGCAGGUGGCUCUAGGGAAAGGCGACACUCCCUGGAUUGUGCUGAAGACUGACACAACAGACCCUUCUGAGGGGGCUGCAUCUGGAGGCCUGGGGGCCUGGGAAGACCCCACAGAGGCAGAGGACCAGGGGGCCUCCAGAGGGGAGCUGGAGCCCGCAGACCGUGGGAGAGACUGGGUCGGGCCCAGAAGCAUCCGAGAAGACCUGGUGCCAAGCCCCUGGCCUCUCCCCAGGGAGCCGGCCUGCCGGUGCAGUGAGUGUGGCAAGGCGUUCAGCCGGAGUUCCUACCCGGUGCAGCACAGGCGAGUGCACACGGGCGAGAAGCCAUACAUGUGCACCGAGUGUGGCAAGGCCUUCGCCUGGAGCUCCAACCUCAGCCAGCAGCAGCGCAUCCACACGGGCGAGAGGCCCUACGCGUUGGAGUGUGGCAAGGCUUUCCGCGCGCACUCGCAGCUCAUCAUCCACCGCCAGAAGACGCACAGCGGCGAGAAGCCCUUCCGCUGCCCAGACUGUGGCACGGCUUUCGGCCGCAGCACUACACGGGUGCAGCAUCGGCGCCCGCACGGUGAGAAGCGCUAUGAAUGCCCCGAGUGCGGCAAAGCCUUCGGCUGGAACUCCAACUUCCUGGAGCACCGGCGUGUGCACAUGGGUGCACGGCCCCACACCUGCCCUGCCUGCGGCAAGGCCUUCAGCCAGAGCUCCAAUCUGGCGGAGCACCUGAAGAUCCACGCGGGCACACGGCCGCACCCGUGCCCCGAUUGCGGCAAGACCUUCCUGCGCGCGGCGGGCCUGCGGCAGCACCCGCGCACACACAGCGGCGAGAGGCCCUUCGCCUGCGCGGAGUGUGGCAAGAGCUUCCGCGAAAGCUCGCAGCGCCUGCAGCACCAGCGCGCGCACACGGGCGAGAGGCCCUUCGAGUGUGCUGAGUGCGGCCAGGCCUUCAUCAUGGGCUCCAAUCUAGCCGAGCACCAGCGCGUACACACCGGCGAGAAGCCCCGCGUGUGCGCCCAGUGUGGCAAGGCCUUCAGCCAGCGCUCCAACCUGCUCAGCCACCAGCGCAUCCACUCUGCUGCCAAGCCCUAUGCACGUGCCGACUGCGGCAAAGCCUUCAAGGGCCGCUCGGAGCUGCGCCAGCACCAGCGCGCGCACUCCGGGGAGAAGCCGUUGGUCUGCGCCGAUUGCCGCAAGGCUUUUGUGCGCAACUCCGAGCUCGUGAGCCACCGGCGCACGCACACGGGCGAGCGGCCCUAUGUGCGUAGUGUGUGCAGCAAGCCCUUCAGUCACCGCUCCAACCUCAAUGAACACCAGAAGCGACACGCGGGCGGUGCCGCGCCCUGA